AUGGCUGCACUUGUGCUUGCAAGGAUGCCACCGGUAACACUCCAGGCAGUUGUGCGCAAGCGCGCCACUGUUCUGAAGGACCAAGGUGCGGCCUUAACAAUGCAGAAGAAAGAGGAUGACAUGAUUGGUCGAUGGCAGGUGAUGUGGGAAGCCUCCACAAAAGCUGCGUGGACGAAGUCGAUCAUCCCAGAUUUGAGAAGAUGGUGGAGUCAAGGACCGAGGGAAGUCGGCUAUCAUAUGGCUCAAGCAUUAACGGGCCAUGGCUGCUUCCAAAGUUAUUUGUGGCGGAGACAGAAAGCUGAAAACCCGGGAUGCGUACACUGUCCGGCUGUUUUUGAUGACGCCAAACACACACUCUUCGCUUGUCCAUUCUGGGAUGCAGCAAGAGUGGACGUUGCAGUGGCGUUAAGGAAACCAGUUGGACCUGAGGAUGUUCCAUACCUGUUGUGCGGUCCUGUUCCGCAAGAACUUCCGGAGGAGCCGUCUCAGCGGAGAAUGGCAAUUGCGGCAUCAACGAGACACAAGGUGUUGUUCCAGCAGAUGGUGGAGGCCAUUCUUUCCGAAAAAGAGGAACUGGAGAGGCAUAGGCAGCGCCAAAUGAAUGCAUGA